UGUCCUUGGAGGCCGAGCUAGGUCCAGGUGGACAAUUCGAGUGGAAGGGUGAAAUGGCCAUUUUCGGCCUGGGCAAGCAAACAUUUUUCCUCGCAAAUCCAUCUCCUACGAAAGUGUCCUACCGACAAGCUAUCAAAUUGUAUAUUUCUCGUUUCAAGGAAGCUAAAGAACUCGCCAUUGCCGUACCCAUCCGCCUCACCGCCUUGACUGUCUUGUUUGACGGUUCGCCUGUUGGCCGCAUGUAUAGCUCAGCACCCCAACCCUCAACCCCCUCUGUCAACCACAGAGAAGGCGUCAGAUUAAUUCAGCUCCCCCACACUGAGCGAACACCUUUUGUCCAAUAUCAAGAUCUCCCAAAUAUCGAUGUCCUCGACAUUAAUUUCUCAGAAGAAGCAGAUCCAACACUUACUCUGGCUGACCCAGACCGCGGCAAUGACUCUUCAACCCCCCACACAUUUCACUGGACUCCUCGACGUCUGAAAGAAGAGACUAGGGAUCCUGCAGUCUCUUCUGUCAUGACUCUCAACCCCAGAACUGAAAGUCCCCUUGCUAAUCGUUCAAGGUCGAAGAUAGAGGAUAAUGUGAUUUCAUCUCUGUCUGCACCAGGUGUUCCAUCCGUUUCCAUGAGGGUCAUAGCCAAACCUCCUGCUAAAGAAGCUCUCGACGAGGCGGUCCGGGUGAUACUGGACACAUACGAGCCAUCCGAAAUCGUCAAGCACGUGGCGAGCGUUGGGCCGUUCACUCAUCCACCAAAGGAUGUGGCCGAACAGUGCUACUCUAUCAGUAUUGGCAAACCAGCAGACCUCACGACGGAGGUCCUCGAAUAUCAAAGAGGGCAGACCGAGGCUGCAUCGAUCUCAAGGGCACCCCGGAAGUCCACCAGCGACUCCAAAAGUGGAACAUCAAAGAAUAGCAAGACGUCAAAGCCCACAGCAAGAACAUCAACUACGACCAAGGCUUCCACAAGUGCCUCCAAGGCAGGGCAGAGUGAGAUCAGGUCAAUUUUUCAGAACCGCCGUCCCAAUCCACUAACUUUCUCCUGUCAUCAAGGUUCCAGCACAAAGACAGAGUAUGAUAAAGGCUUGCUGAUCUUGGCCACCUUAGCCAAAGGAGACAAGGACGUCUACAAAGAGGUAUUCAAAUGCAGCGACCCCCCACCCUAUACCCUCGAGAUGCCUGGAAAGAACGAACGCAUUUUGAAUGAGGCUGGCGACCUUUGGUUUCACCUGAGUACCCUCAAAGACGAAGUCCUCAUUUAUGUCUGGUAUUUGACCGACAAGGUUUGGAAGAAUAUUACACCCUAUUAUGAGACCUUGUUCCUGAAGUCGAGCCAACACCUACUCCACCCCACCAAUUCUGCCUUUGCUCUCGCAUGUCGAGAUGAUCGCACUCCAAAUUGGGUCAAAGUGAGCUAUUGGGGAACCAGGAAGAGGGAGUGGUUGAAAGCACAGGAGGGGGUUGCUGCUGCUGCUGCUAAACAUGAGGCUGAGGCUGAGGCUGAGGAAAAGGAGGAGGAAGAAGAGGGCUUGGAUUACAGUGAGAUCGAUCUCACUAAACGCUCGGCGAAGCGAGCCUUAUUUGACUACCUAACAUCCUUGGUUGAUGAUCAUAUUGAUCUCUCGGAACAGCUAGAAAGCUAUGUUGAAGACCGUGUACCAUCUGCCAACAGGGCCAUCCUCGACCGCGAAGUGAUACACACUGUUUGGGAUGAUAUGAAGCAGACCCAGCUUCCCAGCUGGGUGACACCUGCCCCCCCUAACUGGGGUACAACACAACGUGGCAAACUCAGUGCUGACAAUUGGCGGGUAAUUUCUACCAUCCAUCUUCCAAUCACUUUGAUUCGGCUCUGGGGCCGAGAUCAAGGUCACAAAAAGGAACUUCUUGACCACUUUAUGGAUCUCGUUGCUGUGGGAUAUCUUCGCAGUCUGACCCGUCUAUACCCUGAUCAGCACUUGAAGCCAAGCCACCAUGCUGCUCUCCAUAUUGACAACAUGCUCGAUUCGUUUGGUCCGAAUCAUUCGCACAGCGGCCCUCAUUAUGAAAGAUAUAUCAAUUUCUUUCAUUGCAUUAACACCAAUGAGAAAGUUGGGGAGCUUGAAAUCACAUUUUUAACUACUUCCAUUCACCACGCAAAUCUGCGCGCUUUACUCGCGGAAGACAAAGAGGCCAGGGGUCUACUCAAUGAUGUUGCAGGAACAAUAGAGCAAAUCGAUUCUGAGGACGUGCGAGGCUUUCGGCUUGCAUCUAUUCUUAAUCCUGAUCUUCCUGCUGCUCCGAAACGUGCAAAGGGCGGAGCUGGACUCCUUCAAGAAAAUCACUAUCAAAUUUUCUGCAAUAACUUUGCUGGUGGGAAUGCUAUUCCAAAUUCCGUCACGUUUUUGGAUGAGGUCUCCGUCGGUGGCGUUUGCUACGGGGUAUCGUCCCAACUUCCUACAAAAGCAGCUCCAUCAUUUUCUCUGAUGCAACCUCCAACAUGUCCGCCGGUAUUGUCGACCACAUCUUCCAAUAUUCACUCCCCAGACAAGGAAACAAGCACACGUAUAUGAU